UGACCCAGACGAGACGUUAUUUUGACGCGUUGAAGCGAAAAACAUCGAUACAUCCGGUCACGAUACGUUUGUUGCGAAAGGUCAAUACUGUGGAGAGAGUUUGUGCAACAUCAUCACUCUGCUGUGGGGAGUCUUGAAGAGGGCACGUAUUUACUCAGGAAGACGGCUGCUGGGUGAAAUUAAAAGCCUCUAGGAUCUGUUGUGACGAGGAUCGUUAGCUAAAACACAGCUAACUGGCUAAUUAGCUUCGGAGUUUGUCGCUCACUGGGAGGGGAUGGAGAAAGCUAAACAAGAUGCCUACGACAAUGCCAGACUUCAGGUGAUCAAAGAUGGCUACGAGAGGGCCUUUGAGUGCAUCAACAAAGGGCUCACAGUAGACGAGGCCGGGGACAAGGCCCAGGCUGUGGAGCUGUACAAGCAAGGGCGACAGCACCUUCUCAGGGCCACCAGUGUGCCUUCGCGUGGGGAGGACUGUGUCGGCAGCUCCUGGGAUUCAGCCAGACAGAUGCAGCAGAAGAUGCAGGAGACGCUGAACAACAUCACCACCCGCCUGGCCAUCCUAGAGACCAGCUCUGACUCUGGAUCUGCACCCAUGCCGAGCGCCGACAGUGUGUCUGCAGGAGCUCUUUACCCAGACCUGCCCACCAAAAAGCAGCCAGACAGGCCAGCUCCACCAAACCUCCUCUCUGCUAAUGGCCAGGCAGGAGGAGCUGUAGGAGGGAAGAUUGAAGGUCCGAAUCUGUUGCCCUCCAGACAGCCUGUGGUUCCAGUCGAAAUGCCUCCUGCUUACUCUCCUCAGGCUGCUGACGGUCACCUGUCUAUCUCAUACGGGACGGAAUCAGGGGAGAUGUCCGUGGUUGGGGAUGAGUUCUACAGUCAUACAUCUAACUCGACACCAUCUCCUCAGAAUAUGGGUGAAGAGGGAGAGGAGCUGCUGUACAUCCCUCAUGGCGUACAGAUAUUCUUUGUCACACCUGAAGGGCAAGUGAGCGCUCCAUCAUACCCGGGCUACCUGCGGCUGGUGAGGUUUACUAGUGAUCACUCUGAGACGAUGCCCAAUCGACCACCAGCAUUUCUGCAGGUGUGUGACUGGCUCUACCCUCUCAUGGCCAUGGACUCUCCAGUGUUGCUGUGUAACACUGGUGUGUUUAUGUUUCCGGACAUGAUGGCGCCAGCUCCCGGCUACUAUGUGGGGGUGGUGCUUUCCUCUGAGCUGCCUGCUGCAGACAGAGCGCUGUUCGAGGACCUGCUGUCCCAGAUGACAGAUCUCAGGGUUCAGGCUCCAGAUGAAGCCGCAGAAACCCUUAAUCUCAGUGAGAAGGUGUCCAUCGCUACACCCGAAGAGGCUGCACCGGCGGAGACAGAGGACGAUAAACCUCUGCCUGAGUGGAGUGAAAAGGUGGCAAGUGGAAUUCUGACAGGUGCAUCCUGGCUCAGCUGGGGCCUGGUGAAGGGAGCUGAGUUCACAGGCAAGGCCAUUCACAAAGGGGCGUCUAAACUCCGAGAACACAUCACUCCAGAGGACAAACCCACCCACGUCAGCCCAACGGUCACCAAAGGCCUCCAUGUUGCCAAGCAAGCAACAGGAGGAGCUGUCAAAGUCAGCCAAUUUCUAGUGGACGGGGUGUGUGCAGUUGCUGGGUGUGUUGGCCGAGAGUUGGCUCCACACGUGAAAAAACAUGGAGGCAAGCUGAUCCCAGAGUCUAUGAAAAAAGAUAAGGAUGGGCGUUCCAACAUAGAUGGAGCCAUGGUGGUGGCUGCCAGCGGAGUGCAAGGAUUUGCGACCAUGUGGACCGGUUUGGAAGUAGCAGCAAAGAACAUCACUACAAGUGUAGCAGCAGAAACAGUCACCACGGUGAAACAUAAAUUUAGGGGUCUACAAAAAAUCCUUGACCCACCUAAUGAGGAGAAAUGUACGGGGCGGCAGCAGGACAAGCCACAGAUCACGCCGUCAAUUCUGCCAUUAACGUCGGUAUCACUGCCUUCAAUGUUGACAACCUGGGGAUCAAAGCUGUGGUGAAAAGGACUGGCAAGCACACUGCGCAGGCCAUUUUGGAAGACUACAAGCUUCAGGAAAAAACAGAUAACGGGAAGCAAGUGGAAAAAUCAGGCAAAUAGCCGGUAGUGCCUUGCCUCUUUCUGCCUUAAAGAAGAGUUUGUAUUCCUUUAUCAAAUAAAUAUAUAUUUAAUAUUCUUUAUUUAUAAAAUAUGGUAUAUAUUUACUAGAUUACUAUUGUUAUUCAUAUCAUUUUUAUUGAUACAGCUCCUAAGCACUUUAAUCUUUAUUUGAAUUAAGGUAUAUGGACCCAAAUGAAGAAAAACAGCAGAUAACACAAAUUAAAACAAACAGUUUGAGUGUACAGUAUAUUGAUACACAUAUAACAUUGAGGUAUUUUUCACUUAUCCUAAAAGUUACCAGUUUAACACUGCUCUUUGUACUAAGAAAGCAUUGAAUUUUUGUUAUUUUGAACUUGAAUCUUUCUAAAUCUUCACAAAGCAUCUGUGUGUUUGAGUUGUUCCCUGGUAGGGUAAGUGCAAUUUAAAUACUUUGAGUGAAUUAUAAUAUAUAUUAUCUGUAUCAGUAUAUCCAGAUGUCAGCUAAACUGUUGUUUUUCCCUGUGGUGUUUAAAAUGAGUCGUCAUCAGUGCUGUUCACUGUGCCUGCAACUAUCAAAUGAUAUGCAAAAAUCUAAUUGUUUGUAAAACUAAAGCUUAUAUAGUCUAUUGUGUAUUUUUGUUAGACCUUCACUCCUGUGAAUGAAGGUUAUUGAACGAUGUUAAUGUCUCAGCUGCAAGUCUGAGGAGUCAGGAACACUGUAUAAUUGAUUUAUUUUUUUGUCUUCAGCUGCGAUCUACAUUAAUGUCUCCUGGACACCAGUUGAGUUUUAUCCAAAUAUCUUUGAAAUGUUAAUGUCUAGAUAGUGUUUCAUAUGAAAAUCUAGAUUUUAUUAUUUGGAUGUAACGACAAACCAUUUAACAGAAGGUGAAUUUUGAAGUGUGAUGCUGACCUUAUUUUUGAGUGAUCUGGUUUGUCUCUUUCUAAACUCCAGCUUUAAGACCUCAGCAGGUAAAUGUAAUUUUCAUUUCAGAUGGCUCUUAAAUGUUCUAGUUGCAAAGUGAGAUUUCUUUCCCACCUGAAACCUUUUUUGAAAAAUAAAAUGUUUGAAGAAAUUUUGUAUCUUGGAA